CAAACAUGCCCAAGGAAGUCAAGCAGAAGAGCGGCCUCGCUCGCGGCUUGAACGCCGGCCACCCCGCUGCCCGCGUUUCGCGCACCAAGGGUCACCUCAGCAAGCGCACCGCUUUCGUCCGUGACGUCGUCAAGGAGGUUGCCGGUCUCGCUCCCUACGAGCGCCGCGUUGUUGAACUUCUCCGCAACUCCAAGGACAAGCGUGCCCGCAAGCUCGCAAAGAGAAGACUUGGUACCUUCGGCCGCGCAAAGAGAAAGGUCGACGAGAUGACCAACUACAUCGCCGAGUCCCGUCGCGCUGGUCAC